AUGCGUGAAAGAUAUCUACCAGCGUCGACCCACUGGCGGGGAAUUCAAGUCGCUUCCCAAAGAUCCUAUCCGUCAACCACCCCCACGGGCAGGGAACCGAUCGGUCUCCUCGAAGCAACAGAUGCGGAUCAUACACGACUUCGCAAGGCGUAUUCUGCGGCCUUUAGCAACCAGGUCCUAAUGGCACAGGAGUCACUUGUCGGCAGCUACGUCAACAAGAUGAUCACGCAGCUACAAGCCCGGGUCGCAGACGGCACUGAAGUCCUCGACCUCCAGAACUGGGUCAGCUUCUGCACCUUCGACAUUAUCUGCGCGCUGAGCUUCGGUGAAGAUUUUGGCUGUUUGGACCAAGAACGAUACCAUGAAUGGAGCGGUGUCUACAUGAUGGCCUUAGUUGAGGCUUUGGCCGGAAGGCCCAUCAGAAUGCUGCCAAGUGUGACUGCUACGGCAUUUCUGCUCAUUUGUCUCUUUGCCCCUAUCAGCACUGCCUCCUCAGCACGCUCCGUCUCCUACAGGAAACGGAGCGACCGCCUUUCAUUCGACAAGAGAAGAAAUCCAAGGGUAUAUGAAGCGAUAGUAGGGGAAGUCGUCGUCAGGACACUCGCGGCGGCGUAUCCCAGUAUUGGAAAACUCUUCACUGUGGCCAAUGCCGGCCAAGUUGCCCGCUGGGCUUUUCGUCUUAAUCAGAACUACUGUACGAGCAAAGCUAUGUCUGUGACGUCUCUUCCGGCUGGUCUGGUCUCCAAAGCACUCUACACUGGCUUGAACUCGGAGCAUGUUAUUGAUAAACAAGUUAUCAACUACUUCAUCCAGGCCGCGCUAUCUGGAUAUCUUUCGUCCGGGCCUCGUGCUAAUCUAUUGCCAAUACCAGAGACUUUCUGGUUAAACGUGUGGCAAACAGCCAAUUCUGCUCUAAAAGCAUUGCCUCCCGUCGGAAAUCCGGCCGGUGAAUCGCCCAAUACUCCUGACCAGCGUGUAAUGGAGGCUUUUGGGUCCAAUCUAAAUCCCGGGUCUUUACUGGCCACGGCCGCUGCCAUUAACGCUGCCAAGGGGAAGAUCAUGGGGUUCACAUUUCCGAUAACCAUUCGACCAAUCGAAAAAUUGUCUGCUGCCGCAGUAAAAGCUGACAGCGAUGAGGCAGUGAACCAAUUACUCACUGCCAUUCGAAUCUCCUUCGCCGUUUUUGAGUACUUCCGGGAUUAUCGGGUGGUGAAACAAUGGAACAACGUGCUCCAGCAGGUGGGCCUACAAUGUGCCCACAUCGAAUACGUGACCGGCGUGAGCGACCUACAGAACUGGUGGUGGCUUUGGGCGCCGGACUACUUUCAGGCUGUCGAAAACUUUGCGCAGGGCUGGGCUACUGAGGCGAUCAGGGCAGCAGCUAGCGCGUAUAUCCAGGCGCGCACGGCCGGGCGCAGUCUCAAGACAUACGAUGUGGUGGUGGCAGCCCUGAGCGAAUUCCAGAGCAAAAUUCAAAUGAUGAAAAUGCCGAUCAUGGAUGCGGACAAGACUACAAUUACAGACUGA